AUGAGAGUAGUGCAUCAGGUUAGGAAGAAAAAGGUGCAUCAGGGAGGCUUAAAUCUAGCUAGCAAAGGCUACAAGCUUGAAGAUGCAUCAGGGAUAAAUUUCCUCCAGCUCCGCCCCUGCCCACACGCGGCCGUCCAUGACUACACCACGCCCACGGCAUCAGCGGUGGCGCCAGAGAUUGAGAGCAGGGCUCUCGAAGGCAUCCACCAGGUGCUUGACGUGGACAGCCCCAGAAUCUGGCACGAUGUUCAACGCCGGGCCGGCGUCUCGUCCCGCACGCAGCGGCGCCUCGAGGAGCGCGGCGGCAAGAAGCGCCGCGGAGGCGUCGAGACCCCCGACGCGGAGGAGGACGACUCCGCCUCGGCGUGGGAGGGCGUGGAGUGGGAGGGAGAGCCGCUGGGGUUCGAGGUGUCCACGGAGCCGAUGCCGUACCUGCCUGACCUGAAGCAGGUCGACUUCUGGGAAGGACCCCAGUGGGAUCUCCUCGGCUUCUUCGUGCAGUACAUGUGGGCGUUCGGCGUCUUCUUCUCCUUGGUUGCUUGUGGAUUCGCUGUGGCUACGUACAACGAUGGUGCAACAGACUUCAGGGAAACUCCUUCUUUCAAGGAAUCCCUAACACAGGAGUUCCCCGAAGAUGCAGAAUCAUCUGGAUCUGAUGUGUUUGAAGGUAAUCCAACUGAGGUAGCACCAGCGCUUGAGUAGGAUUCUCGAGGAGACAUCGCACAAAGAAACGAAGGCUUUCUCUUUGAGCUAUAGGGCUCUGCAGAUAGCCAGUAAAACUUGUACAAGGUUCAGUUGAAACUUUAAAGCAUAGUGGUAAGGAAAUUAGCUGGUCAUCACCAUGUACUGAAUUUUCUGUUGGAUAAUUCGACUUUGAAAUCAAAAUAUGUAGGUGGCUUAUUAGUGGUGAUGAAA